AUGUCUAAACUGAAUAAGAUUACUUUCUAUGAAGAGAAGAACUUCCAGGGCCGUCACUAUGAUUGCACUGGAGACUGCGCUGACAUGCAGUCCCACUUUAAUCGCUGCAACUCCAUCCGAGUAGACAGUGGAAGCUGGGUGGCUUAUGAGAAGCCCAACUUUUCUGGAUACCAGUACAUGCUGUUCAAGGGUGAAUACCCUGAUUUCCAGCACUGGGCUGGAUUCAAUGACUGCAUUCGCUCUUGCCGCGUGGUUCCUGCUUACACUGGAAACUACAGGAUGAAGAUUUUUGAGCGCGCCGAUUUUGGUGGUCAGGCAAUGGAGCUGAAUGAAGAUUGUCCUGAUCUGCGCCAGCGUUUCCACAAUGGUGACAUCUCUUCAGCUAAUGUGAUGGAGGGCUACUGGAUCCUCCAUGAGCACCCCAACUACUCUGGUCGCCAGUUCUUCCUGCGUCCCGGCGAAUACAGGAGGUACAUCGAGUGGGGAAGUCCAAGUCCCACCAUCGGCUCCCUGCGACGCGUCACUGACCCCAAAUGAAGAUCCAAAUCCACGCAAACACCUCUCCCAAUGUGUCGACAGCACCGCCUGUCCAUGCAAUGACCAUGUCUGACCUUCGGGGCCUGUGGAUCUGUUGUGCUCAAUGUAUUUGUGAUGCUUCUUGUAAUGCGGCGCA